AUGUCGUCUCGACGUUGUCGCCGAUCUGUGACACGUAACCGGAUUCACGCUACCGACCUUGUGCAUCGAGAGUACGAUCCCUCUUGCGAUUCAGGCAUGCGAAUAGAUUUGGAAAAUUUGCCUGAUUCCACGCCAACAAUGGGGUUUGAGGCGACCUAUAACGAAGUCGGCCUUCCAAACACCCGAAUUCCUCUUUUCGUAGCGGGUCCCAUGGUAAUAUUUCGUCUUCAGUGCGAAAAUCAGGUACCUUCUUGCUUUGUCACCUUUAUACGGAAUAUGCCCGCUGAUAGGCGAAAAGAACCAACACCUGAAAAUCCGGAUUGUGAUGUCUGUUGCCUAGUUAAGUGGCUGUUGACUGAGUGUCGAAAUUACGAGGAGUGUUUUCAACGCCUCUACUACAAACCUCAAACCAUUGUUUACGAGAUCAUGAAAGAGGUAUGGCUUCGCUUUUGUUCGAAGCCGAUACUCCUCUCAAGAAUACAUGUUCAAGUCACUAAGCAAAUAAACUUCCUUACUAUUGCUAAUGGGGGACCUUUUAUCUUCCCCGGAGAUCCGAAACAUCGUCGAUACAAUUUGGAUUGGGAACUGAAGAAGGCCCAUUUGGUGGAGUGGAGGAAUGCGCUUGUCUACACACUGCGUCGGACGCUAGCUUGUGAUGGCAUGCAAAAUGAUGUCGCCAACUUCCUCAUUCUGAAUAUCGUUAGAAUUUUGCGGAUCUUUGUCGCUUCUCUCAUACCGAUGGAUAGUUCUUUUGAGGCUUGUGACGAAUACCUCAUCUUAGACAGCAUCCACCAUUUCCCUCUCACUACGCACCCAAUACUUAUGCUUUUUGCAACAGAUCUGAGUAAUCUCCUCCUUCGGCUGGACGACUUUUGGAAUGUCAAUCUGGACGGGCGAGAGGCGUGUGCACCCGAUAACCAGGGAGUGUAUGACUCCUAUACCUUCAUAGCAUCACUGAAUCUCCUCCUCAUGAAUGAGACCUGUGCUUUCUAUAAAUCCUCUUUUUCGGAUCCGUCAACGAAGGACCUUACAAUGAAUCUAUUGGCAGACACUCUGCUCGCCUUUUCACGUCUGGUGGAGGUACUUCGUUUCGCCGAAGUGGUGCCCUGGGUUGGAGAGGUCCUCUGCUACCUCGAGGUUGCCUUUGUUUGGGAUCCAACCCUCGUCCUCGAUGCUGCUCUCAAUGUACGCCUCAUUGGUGCUAAGAUAUUCAACUUUGCAAAGUUGAAACAUUCAAAGGCAUCGAUUCCCUUUAGGCUCUAGAAUGCCGACAGCCUGGAUGAACAAAUCCGCGGCCUCUGUGAGACACACUUCAAAACGGUCCAAAAGGUUUGCUCCUCCAAUGCUACUAGUCGGUCCUUUGUGGACUGGCUUCACGCUGCGCGUCAUUCAAAUCAGCCGGCUAUGCUUUGUCCCGCCUCUCUACCCUCGAGCAUUCAACAGCCCAAUCUAGGCUACUACAUUCGGUUGUUUGAGCCACUGGUCCUUCAGUGUCUGCAUGAGUACAACCUGCACACCGAUGAGGCGGUUCAAGCGAAAAUCCUUCAACUUUUAACAGUUCUAGUCGAACUCGGUGUCAGCUAUUCCCAGUUGGAUGAGGAAUUUGUAAGCUCUUCUUUGUUGUCAAAUUGA